GCCCCGGAGGCGGGGCUGGGAGAGUUAUAUUGCUGGGUCCUUCCUUGCUCAGCCUGGUUCCUCUCGGAGCGGAGACGGCAAAUGGCGGACUUCGAUACCUACGACGAUCGGGCCUACAGCAGCUUCGGCGGCGGCAGAGGGUCCCGUGGCAGUGCUGGUGGCCAUGGUUCCCGUAGCCAGAAGGAGCUGCCCACAGAGCCCCCAUACACAGCCUAUGUAGGAAACCUCCCUUUUAAUACAGUUCAGGGCGACAUAGACGCUAUCUUUAAGGAUCUCAGCAUAAGGAGUGUACGGCUAGUCAGAGACAAAGACACAGACAAGUUUAAAGGAUUCUGCUAUGUAGAAUUCGAUGAAGUGGACUCCCUGAAGGAAGCCCUGACCUACGAUGGUGCACUGUUGGGUGAUCGAUCACUUCGUGUGGACAUUGCAGAAGGCAGAAAACAAGAUAAAGGUGGCUUUGGAUUCAGGAAAGGUGGACCAGAUGACAGAGGAAUGGGUGGCUCUCGAGAAUCUAGAGGUGGCUGGGAUUCCCGGGAUGACUUCAAUUCUGGUUACAGGGAUGACUUCCUAGGAGGCCGAGGAGGCAGCCGCCCAGGGGACCGGCGAGCAGGCCCUCCCAUGGGGAGUCGCUUCCGAGACCCACCCCCACUGCGCGGCUCCAACAUGGACUUCCGAGAACCCACAGAAGAGGAAAGAGCACAGAGACCACGGCUCCAGCUCAAACCUCGGACAGUGGCAACACCCCUCAACCAAGUAGCCAACCCCAACUCUGCUAUCUUCGGGGGAGCCCGGCCCAGAGAGGAAGUCGUUAAUAAGGAGCAAGAAUGAGCGUGCAGUGGGGAAUGGGGUGUGGGGAAUUAGAGCAAAACCACAGCCUGAGGGCCCUGGACCGGCUGCCCUGCAGUCACCAUUCCUGCGCCUGACACUGUCCUUCCUUACAGUGGAAACACAGAGCUUGUGAAUGCAUGUCAGCUGUUAACAAGUGGUUUUUAGUACAUCCUUGGCUUUGCUGUAUCUAUCUAGUGCCUGUUUCGUGCCCCCCCUUCUCUGUCCUCAUUUUCCUCUGUCCUUCCUCCCUCUUGCUCCCGUGUCUUCACACCACACGGUGUCCAGAGGAGGAGUGAGGGCCGCCACGUGGGAGGGGCGGGCCCAGGUGCUGCUUGCUUUGGUUCUCCUUUGCCUUCUCUCUCUCUCUCUCUCUUUUUUUUUUUUUUUUUCCCUACAUGGGCCAGACUUGAUUUUUCUCAGUGCUUCUAUUCUGACCCGCAUGCUGAGUUCUGUGUUGCUGUAGCUUCCGGGACAAAGCGGAAAUUGCUGGCAAGUCGGCCAGCACCUUGUUUGUAUCCAGCUGUGAUCAGCAUGCAGAAUUGGAAACAAGGGAAAAUUCCUGUUGAGCCUUGCAGCUUCCUCCCUCUCUGUGGUCCUUCUAGGGUGUCCUGUUGCCAUCAGCUGUCCCUGGGGACUGGACAGGCAGAGUAGGUGCGAGGCUCUGGGGAAGAGUGACAGGUGUGUUGGUGGUGCUCCUCACCUGUUAACCAAGGGCUCUGUGUGUUCAUGCAGCUUGCUGUGUUCUCCCAAGACUGUCCAGAUAGCUCCCUGCUCCGGAGGCAUCAUGGGAUCUCCUGUGCUGUCUGGUGUGGCUGCCCAGUGGCUCUUGUCAUUUCCCCGGGGCUUGGGUGCUAUGCGGACUGGGUGGUGGUACUGCUACACUGGGCUGACACAGUGGUGCGGUAUCCGUUUGUCUGGUGUCUUCCCCCCUGCAUCUCUUCUCCCAGAAGUAACCUAACGAGAUUGCAUCCGACUGCCCCAUGAACCCAUAGUGGAAAUGGCCUCGAAACUGGCACUUUAUUUCCCAUGAGGAUUGGAGGUUUUCCCAUGCUGAGCUGUCCAGACCCUCUGACUACAGAAGACCAUGGAUGAUGGCUGGCCCCCUUGUCUCUGGGACGGUCUUGCUCAUGUGCAGUGGUUGGUGCUCCCCCGGGGAGGUGUUGGGCAGCAGCUUUUGAGCUCAGAUGCCUGUGUGUGAGCAGAUGGGAAACUCUUUAGUGUCUGAGUCUCAGUCUGUCCCGGUGGGAAGGGACCCGGUCAGAAAGGCUGGAAGGCCAAGGGGACAGCAGUGCAUUUGUUUGGCUCAAGGUUCCCCGCUAGCCGUCAUUCUUAGCCCCUCUGAUUUGUCUCUGUUGCAAGGUCUCAGCAACUUACAGAACUCGCACCUCUCCCCUCUGCCUAUCAUCUUCCUCUGCCUCUGAGAUAAGAACCAUUUGUGUAACACCAACACCUAACUUAAGAAAGACAUGCAUUAUGUGGUUGUAACAAACCCGAUGCUUUGAGAUGACCCAUACACA